GCGCGGCGCCGCACCGCGCUUCCGCAAGUGUGGAGCUGCGGAAUGGCUACGCUGCUACUGCAGCUGCUGGGGCUCGGCGUGGCGCUGGCGGCUGCCGCGCUCAUUCUGGUUUCCAUUGUGGCGUUUAUAACUGCUGCAAAAAUGCCACCAUGUUACCAACAUGAGGAAGAGAAAUUCUUCCUCAAUGCCAAAGGCCAGAAGGAAGCUCUGCCCAGCAUCUGGGACUCGCCUACGAAACAGCUAUCUGUUGUUGUGCCUUCCUACAAUGAAGAAAAACGGUUGCCUGUGAUGAUGGAUGAAGCCCUGAACUACCUAGAAAAGAGACAGGUUAUGACGUGUUCCUUUGGCUUCUCGCAGAAACAUGAUUGCACGUUCACAUAUGAGGUGAUAGUGGUUGACGAUGGCAGUGAAGACCAGACGUCAAAGGUCGCUUUAAAAUACUGCCAGAAAUACGGAAGUGACAAAGUACGGGUGAUAACGUUGGUGCAGAACCGUGGGAAAGGUGGUGCUGUUAGGAUGGGUGUAUUCAGUUCCCGAGGAGAGAAGAUCCUCAUGGCAGAUGCUGACGGAGCCACAAAGUUUCCAGAUGUUGAGAAAUUAGAAAAGGGGCUGAGUGAUCUACAGCCAUGGCCUGAGCAAAUGGCUAUUGCAUGUGGGUCUCGAGCUCAUCUGGAGAAAGAAUCAAUUGCUCAGCGCUCUUAUUUCCGUACCUUUCUUAUGUACGGAUUCCAUUUCCUGGUGUGGUUCCUCUGUGUCAAAGGAAUCAGGGACACACAGUGCGGGUUCAAAUUACUGACCCGAGAAGCAGCAGCCCGGACCUUCUCGUCUCUGCACAUUGAACGAUGGGCAUUCGAUGUAGAGCUGCUGUACAUAGCACAGUUUCUUCAAAUCCCAAUAGCAGAAGUUGCUGUCAACUGGACAGAAAUUGAGGGUUCUAAGUUAGUUCCAUUCUGGAGCUGGCUACAAAUGGGCAAAGACCUGCUUUUCAUCCGACUUCGGUAUCUGACGGGUGCCUGGAGGCUCAAGCAAACACGGAAAGCGAAUUAGUUGCUGGCAGGGCUGGACUGCAUUUUUAUCCCACAUGCAAUUUUACUUGAAAUCAAGAUUUUCAAUAAAGCUUCGAUGGGCCUGUUCUCAGUAUCUGCCUUUGUAUAUUCUUGAGAAUUAACUGCUAUGAGGAGACCACGUGAUGUCUCUUUUUUUUUAAUAUUUGUGUCAUAAGUUAGAUUUAUUUAUUUAUUUAGCAGUCUGUAUUUUGGCUCCUGUCACUUAAGGUUCUGAGAUGGACCCUUGGGGACCAAAGACAGAAGCAGUUUUUUUAAAGAUACCCUCACAAUUUAUACAAUCAUGAUUAAAUCACAACCCUGUAACAGUCAUUUAAAGAUGAAGUCGGCUAUGAGUUUAAAUACAAGUUUACCUGUUGUCAAAGAGACUUUAUUUGUGACUUGGAACGCUAGGAAAUUUGGAAUGCUAGGAAAUUGUAAUAAAGGCAUGACUGUGUCUCCA